AUAGUCUAACGUCAUACCCGUCAAUGGUAGAAUGGUUAAUUAAAAUGUAACUGUUUGUGUAUCUACUUAAACUUAAAUCGCGAUAUUUUUUUAUUAUAGGUUUUUAUAUUUAACCUCAACUCAAUUGCUGGUAAUUACCUGCGAGUAUUUUUAGUCAUGCUAGCUAGCCGGCUAACGGAGCUUUUAGCUAGUGUUUACGAUUAUUCUGUAAGGCUAGUCCCGCGUAUAGCUGUAUUGUAUACGGUUCUUUGGAGUGUAUCUAACAAUUAAUACGUAAUGUUAGUCAGAUAUAUCAGUCAGUGAAAGCGAAAUUAGACGAAAUCCGGACUUUAAACACCGACUAGGGUCAGUAGUGGACUGCUGUGAGGGGUAAUAAUGGCAGGUGCUCAACCUCCCAACUUUUCUUGGGUUGAACCACAUAAAUUAGCUGGACUGGGGAUGCCAAGGAUGCCUGCCCAUUAUGAGUUUCUACUAAAUAAUGGAAUCAAACACUUAAUCACUUUGUCUGAAAGAAAGCCCCCAUAUCAUGAUACUUGUCCAGCGCUCACAUUGCAUCACAUUAGAAUUCAUGACUUCUGUGCUCCAACCUUUGAUCAAAUCAAGCGGUUCUUGUCCAUCGUAGAGGAGGCCAAUUCAAAAGGAGAGGGGGUUGCAGUGCACUGUUUGCAUGGCUUUGGAAGAACUGGUACUAUGCUGGCCUGCUAUUUGGUGAAGAGCAGAAAAAUCAGUGGGAUUGAUGCUAUUAAGGAAAUUAGACAGAUUCGUCGUGGGUCUAUUGAAACUCAGGAACAGGAGCAAAUGAUAGUACAGUUCUAUCAGCAAAAUAAAUGUUGAUGUAUAAUUAGAAAUGGUUUAAAAAAAGUUUAACUAUUUGAAGCAAUUAUGCUGUUUAUACAUUCAUCUUUUAUCUUUACAACAAACAAUAUAAAAGUCCUAUCUUAAAUAGUUUAGCUUCAUUACUUAUUACAGUGUUAAUAAAGUGCCAAUUAAAAAUGGUGUAUGGCACAUUGGGUAAAAAGCUUUAUCCAGGUGCCAGUAGAAAUUACUUAAAAUCUAAAGAUUUUAAACAUCUGACAAGUUUAUAAGUCUUUAUAAUUAAUAUUUAUAAAAAUAUAACCAUAAACAAUAUGAAAUGCAUAGAUCACCUGACAAAUCAAACUUAGAAUAUGGAUCAAAAAGGAGAUAGAAAUUGACCAUUAUAUGACAUAGUGUGGUAUUUUAAAAGCCAAGGGGGCAUGUUGUGACUGAGAUUCUCUGGAGCUACUGUGCAACUGUGUGCAACUACAUUUUAAGAAUAUAGCUUGCAUUAUUGUAUUAUAAAGACUGUGGCACUAGCAUUGAGCUUUGUUUCACAUUUAGUUUCUGCUUUUUAUGUGUACUCCAAAUGCAUUAUAUUUUACUUCUUGUUUAUUGUUGUUGCCCCUUAGUUCCGCUUUUUUUUAAACUGAUUGGUGUGUCCGCUAGAGGGCGUUCUCCGCAGCUCCCCUGCACAGACCUUUAAAGGGCCAGACUUUCAAACUUUACGUGUUCCUCUGAAAUAAUGCACAGGGCUUUUAUAAGUUUUAAAUGCACUUCCCAGCCAAAAAAAACCCUUAUCACCUGGAUCUAACUAAGCAAAUAGGUAAAAGCCUUGUACUGUAUAAAUGCUGCAGUAACUAAUAUAUUUCAGCUGGCAACAAGUUAUUUAACCUUAACUGAUGCAGUGAGCAGCUUCUCAUUUCUUAAACAAACGUGUUAGAAGUGGUCUUCUUGUGGUCCAGAUAAAACUUUGUUUCAGAAGGGUUAAAUUAUUGGCCUGCAUCAAGCAAAGAAAACAACUACAAAGCUGGAACUACUAAAAUUCAUACGAUUAUUAAAACCUUUAAAAAUAUCAGUGAACCAUAAUUUGCAUGGAAGGGAUGUGUUUUUAAAUGUUUGUGAUUGAAGAUUGCUUAAAUUAUUGGUAAAAUCUAAUUAUAAAAUAGCAACAAUAGAUCUCAUGGCUAUGUUUAAUAGUGGACGUAAGCGUGUUUCCAUAUUCACAAUGUCAUUAAGAGCUAAAAGGAUUAGAACUAAACAGUUUGUGAGGCUAAUCAUAAAAAAAAAUCUUCAGUUUGCUAUGAAACAUAAAAAUCGGACUUUGCAGCAAUGAACAUGUGGUCUAAUGAGUUCAGAUUGACCAUAGUUGACCAUAGAGUGAUGGGUGCAUCAGGGUAAGAAAAGAAGCACAUAAAGCGAUGCACUCAUCAUGCAUAGUGGCCACUGUACAAGUAUUUGGAGACAGCGUUAUGAUUUGGAGUCGCUUCAGUUGGCCAGGUCUAGGCUCAGCAAUGUUCUGUGGCAAUAAAAUGAAGUUAUGAAUUCAGACCUGAAUGUACUGAAUGACCAGAGUUUUCUAUUAAUGGAUUUUUUUUUUAUUUCCUGAUAGCACAGGGAUAUUGAGAAUUAAUUAAUAAGAGAGUGGUUCAGGGAGCAUGAGACAUCAUUUGCACACAUGGAUUUGUGCAAUUAAUCCAGACCUUGACCCUAUUGAGAAACUUUGGGAUGUGCUGGAUAAGAUGCAGAAUAUGCAGUGGUCCCACUCUCCCAUCAUCAAUACAAGAUUUUGGAGAGAAAUGCAACUGGGAUGAAAUAAAUGUUGUGGCAUUGCAUAAGCUUAUCAAAACAACGCCAUUGCAAAUGCUUACCGUUAUUAAAGCAAAAGGCGGUCCAGCAAACUAUUUAGUUUUUUUUUUUGACCGGGCAGAGUAUUUACACAUACUGUAUAUUAAUAGAGUUUCUAGUUUAUAGUAAUGCAAGCAUAUUUGCCAUCUGUUGCCUCCAAAAUAGUUACUAAUAGUUAUAGUAAUAUAUAGUUAUGAAAUAGUUAUAUUUUACUAUAUAAAUAUACACAUGUAAGGUAUAUUGUCAUAAAUAUAAGCCAUUAUUAUGACAGUGAAAUCUAGUUGAUACUGGUAACACAGAGCAGCAGUAUAAUUGUCAGUUGUAAAUAAUUGUGAUCAUAUCUGUGCCAUGCUUACACACCAAAUUAGAGUCUUUCAUUGUACAUAAUGAGGGUCCCAGGGUUUCUCCAGACUCAAAGUUUUGAAAUGAAAUAACAUUUUUGAUGUGAUUAUUAAAAAAAAAUCCAGAUUAAUUUGGAAUUUGUCUUAUUUGGUAUGCCCAAAGCCUGCUUUAUGUUUAUUCUUUAUUUAAAAUUCUAUAACCUAAUCCUUUGCCUCAUUAAAGAACUUCCUUAUCAUGAAGAGACUAAUUU